AUGGAUUCUGGAAGGCCUAGAGCCAGGAGGCUGCAAGCUGACAUGGAUGCAACAGAUGUUGUUGAUGACCUACAUGGUCCUGUCAGCGGUGUUUCUCUCAUGCAGUGGGUUGGUAUGAAGCUAGAUAGUUUUGACGGCAGUGGUACUCCGAUUCAUGCUGCUGAUUGGCUGUCAUAUGUGGAGGACAAGAUGGAGGCUUUUGAUGUGUUGGCUCAUGAUCGUGUUCGUUUUGGGACACAACUGCUGAAGGGUGAGGCACAGAUCUGGUGGAAGGGUGUGCAGUCAGCUCGCACGGCUGCACAUGGCCUGCUGACUUGGCAUGAGUUUGUCAGGCAGUUUGAGAGGAGGUUCUACCCGGUGACUUUCCUGGAUAGGAUGAAGAUUGAUUUGAAUGACUAUAUGCAGGAUAAGAAGUCAGUUGCAGAGUAUGAAGUGGGCUUCAAUCAGAUUAUCCGCUUUGUCCCACACGUGGCCCAUGACGAGGUAGAGAAGGCAAAACACUUUCAUCAGGGUCUCAAGCAUUCGAUCCGCCAAGUGUUGGGUGCUUUUCCAGUGGUGGACUUCCGCACUACAGUGGAACAGGCUUUGGGUGUGGAGAUGCAGCAGAUGUACACUGCUGACUUACAGAAGUCUUCAGGUGGUGAGCAGUCUCGCGGUCAGAGCGAUAGGAAGGGCCAUUCUGGUGGCCCUGUUCAUAAGAAGGGGAAGUUCCAGCGUCACCAGCCAUACCACAACAAGUCUUCUCAGUCCAGUGCUUCAGGAGGGAGCACACCUUAG